AUGACCUCGGAUGAAAUGAGAGCUCAGAUCGACGACAUAGUAUCCUCGAUAUACCUGCAAGAAAAUAGUAGUGCAGAUGGAGUACCGGCCCCAAUACCGACUACAAAUAGCGCAUUUCUUACAGAGCGAAGCCAAUCCUUGUGGACGCAGCUGUGUACACCGCCUCCCUUACAACCCCCAAACUGGAAGUUAUCAAGAAUCCGCCGUCUUUUUUUGGUUUCCCUAGGAGUUCCGGUUGAUCUCGACGAGAUCCUUCCUGCGGAUACCAAACAAAAGAAACUAGUACUGCCAUCAUCGUCACACACCAGAAAGUCUUCGGAUACUGGCCGGGGGGACAACGAUCGGUCUAACCGCUCAUCUUCUCGAAGGAGAAAAGAAAAAGAAGCACAGUCCAAACUAGUAGAUAUGCCGUCCGCGAGAAUACUUUGCUCUACAAGUGACGUCAGAUUAAGGGCAUUCACAACGAGUGAAUUGGAGGAACACGUCAAGAAACUCGAAGAAGUCACUAGAGAAGCUAGUGAAACUCUAACAUAUUGGUUGGGGAAAAGGGAAACAGCGUUGGGGGACAAAGAGGCGUUUGAGAGGGUUAUCGAAAAUCUUGUCGAGUUUGCGAAGAAAAAGCGUUAG